AUGCAACCUGCCAUCUUAAUAGCUACUAUUUUCCUGCCUUGGUGCCUGACUUUCCCGGUGCCCCCAGGUACAGACCUGAAAAGAUUGGACUUUGUUAUGGACAAUUUCCAACAGUUUUUCCUGCCCAAGAAAGAAUCACCACUCCUUACCCAGAGGAAAGAGAUACAGUUCCAGCAGAAGUUCCAUCUGAAUGAGACAGACGUACAAAACAAGCAGAUGCUGGCUAUGCUACACCAGCCUCGCUGUGGAGUAACUGAUGCGGCUACUGACUCUAUCUUCCCCGGAAGUUCCAAAUGGAAUAAGCACACUCUGACCUAUAGGAUUAUCAAUUACCCAAGAGAAAUGAAGCCAGACACAGUGAAAGACAUCAUGCAUGAUGCGGUUUCCGUGUGGAGCAACGUGACCCCCUUAAUCUUCCAGCAAGCAAAGAGUCAAGAUGCAGACAUCACGCUUUCUUUCUGGGACCUGGCCCAUGGAGAUGAUUGGCCCUUUGAUGGGCCAGGUGGUAUCCUAGGCCAUGCUUUUUUACCAGAUUCUGAAGCUCCAGGAGUUAUCCACUUUGACAAGGGAGAACGUUGGUCAAAUUCAUACAAAGGGUUUAAUCUGUUCCUGGUUGCCAUUCAUGAGCUAGGUCAUUCUCUGGGCCUGCGCCACUCCAGAAGUCAGAACUCUAUCAUGUAUCCUAGCUAUGUGUAUCAGGACCCUAGAACCUUCCACCUCGAUGUUGAUGACAUCCAAAGAAUCCAGCAACUGUAUGGUGUGUGCCUGCUGGAAGGGAGGGGGAUCUCGGCAGGAAGUUUCACUGGGAGUUUACUGUUUUCUUCUGUCCCCAUCAGGAAAAAGAUGUUCAUCUGA